AUGGCACCAAUACCGCAACCUCGUACUCCACGAAUAGUAAUAUACUACCAGACGCAGCACAAUCCAGACGGCACUUCUUGCUCCAUCCUUCCAAUCAUUACUCAACCUGAUAUCCGCGUCACACACGUCAAUGUCGCCGCUAUACAUCUGAACGACCCACCAGGACACAUCAAUCUGAAUGACCAUGUGCCUUCCGACCCUCGAUAUGCCACUCUUUGGGCCGAGCUGCGGAUACUCCAAGCCUCUGGAAUAAAAGUGUUAGGAAUGUUGGGCGGCGCUGGCAAAGGUUCUUUUACACGACUCGAUCUCGACGAAGCUACCUUCGAAGCAUACUAUGUACCUCUGCGGAACCUCAUAAGGGAACGAGGUCUGGAUGGCUUAGAUCUCGAUGUGGAAGAGCCGAUGACCCUGGCCGGUAUAAUACGACUGAUAGACAGAUUGAAGAGUGACUUCGGAGAAGGAUUUAUAAUUACAUUGGCGCCAGUUGCUGCUGCGUUGAUGUCCGACAGACCGGAGCACAAUCUGAGCGGAUUCAGCUACGAAGCUCUGGAGGUCAUGCGUGGAAAGCAGAUUGCUUGGUAUAACACACAAUUCUACUGCGGAUGGGGAGAUUUGAGCAAGACCGAUGGAUACGACUUCAUGGUCGCCAGAGGAUAUCCAGCAGACAAGAUCGUCAUUGGAAUGGUUACAAAUCCUGGAAAUGGUAGCGGCUGGGUUCCGUUUGAGAUCUUGCAAGAAGUCUUGAUCACUUUGAAGGCUCGAUAUUCUGGAUUCGGCGGGGUGAUGGGUUGGGAGUACUUCAACUCCCUGCCUGGCGAUCGAGCAAGACCGUGGGAAUGGGCAACUUUUAUGACCAAGAAUGUCCGGAAUGGAUUCCCGAUCGUGGCACCAGUCACUCCAAGCAUUGGCCCAGCACCAGAGAAGCAGAGCCCUCUUCUGAUUGUGGAUGAUGACCCAAAGUCAGAUCGCGACGCGCCUUUACCUACGGACUUUGAUUAUUUCACGGAUGGCAGUUUGGACGAAUAA